GUCCCGGAGCAAGCCGGUCGCGUCCACAGCGUGCUCUCUGCCACUCGCCUGCUCUGCCAACUUCAGAGCUGCAGGCCUGGCCAUGGGGGUGCCCCUGGGCCGGAUCACGUAGCCACUGCACCCCGAGAGCCAACGCGUCCCUUCCUGCGACCGUGCCAUGGUCGGCCGCGGCGCCUCCUUGUGUGCGGUGCAGCCCGCGGUGGCUGAGUGCGGCCCGGCUCGAGAGACCCCGCCACUUGAGGUAUCCCCACGCAAGAGGCUGCCCGCCGGGCUCGAUCAAGACCCAUGCAGCAGCCGCCCUGCUCCGGAGGGCGCUGGGGCCAGCGCUGAGCAGAGCCACUCGGCCGGUGGGGGCGGGUGGUGCCGCCACUGCCACACGAAGCUCGUGGAGCUAAAACGACAGGCGUGGAAGUUGGUCAGCGGGCCCGGGACUCCUCUCCGGGAUCCUUGCCUCUCUACCUUGCUGCUUGACAAGCUCCCGGCCUCUGGGGUUCAGCCAGCAUGCCGCCCUGACGCCGAGAGCCGCUGUGACGUAUGCACCACGCAUCUGCACCAGCUCACUCGGGAAGCCCUGCGCCUGUUACAGACGCCUGCCAGUCACGAGGACCCCGAUGCUUCCCGAGGAGGCCUUGCGGCUCCCAGCCCCAGGGACCCACCUGGACCCGUGGGCCUCAUGGGGAGGCAGCCCCCUGUGGGACCUGACAGGAGGAAGGCAACGGCUUGGCCACCUGGCCCCAGCGUCCAGGUGUCGGUGGCACCAGCAGGCCUUGGGGGAGCAUUGAGUACAGUCACCAUCCAGGCCCAGCAGUGCUUGGAGGGUGUGUGGAGCCUCUCAAGGGUCAACAGCUUCUUGCCACCCACUUGCCUGGCUGAGGCAGCUGUAGCUGCGGUGGCUGUGGCCGACACUGUCCGAGACUGUGCUCCAGCAGCAGGCCCUGAACGUAUGUCGAAGGCGUGGGGCCGAGGGGCAGCAUGCACUACAGCCCUGGUUACCCCAGCCCCAGGCACCUCAGCAGGGGGUUCCACAGGCCCGUCUGCAGCGGCCUCUUUCUUUAUAAGGGCUGCCCAGAAGCUCAGCCUGGCCUCCAAGCGCAAGAAGCAUCACCCGCCGCCUGCGCCCUCCACCCGAGGCACGUCCACUUACCCCACCGACUUCAGUGGCUCUCUGCAGCUGUGGCCGCCCCCGGUGCCCCCCUGCCUGCUCAGGGCUGCCUCCAAGGCCAAGGAAAACCCCAGCAGCUUCGGAAAGGUGAAGGUUAUGCUGCGCAUAUGGCCGGCACAAGGAGUCCAGCGCUCAGCAGAGUCCACAUCCUUCCUGAAGGUGGAUUCUCGAAAGAAGCAGGUGACUCUCUAUGACCCCGCUGCCGGGCCUCCAGGCUGUGCAGGACUCCGGCACGCCCCCACCGCACCAGUCCCCAAGAUGUUUGCUUUUGAUGCCAUCUUCCCCCAGGACUCGGAGCAGGCUGAGGUCUGCUCAGGGACGGUGGCUGAUGUGCUCCAGUCUGUGGUCAGUGGAGCUGAUGGCUGCAUUUUUUCCUUUGGCCACAUGAGCCUCGGCAAAUCAUACACCAUGAUUGGGAAGGACAGCUCACCCCAGAGCCUGGGCAUCGUGCCCUGUGCUAUCUCCUGGCUCUUCAGGCUCAUUGACGAACGCAAGGAGAGGCUGGGCACGCGCUUCUCCAUCCGUGUGUCUGCUGUGGAAGUGUGCGGCCACGACCAGAGUCUGCGGGACCUGCUUGCUGAGGUGGCUUCAGGCAGCCUUCAGGACACCCAGUCUCCGGGCGUGUACCUCCGGGAGGACCCUGUGUGUGGGACACAGAUCCAGAACCAGAACGAGCUGCGCGCACCCACAGCAGAGAAGGCGGCCUUCUACCUGGACGCGGCCCUGGCAGCCCGCAGCACCAGCCGUGCUGGCUGCGGGGAGGACGCCCGGCGAAGCUCCCAUAUGCUCUUCACCCUGCACGUGUACCAGUACCGUGUGGAGAAGUGUGGCCAAGGAGGAAUGUCUGGAGGUCGUAGCCGCCUGCACCUGAUCGACCUGGGCAGCUGCGACACAGCCGUCAGCAGAGGAGGAGAAGCAUCAGGGGGACCCCUCUGUCUGUCUCUGUCAGCUCUGGGCAGUGUCAUCCUGGCCCUGGUCAACGGGGCCAAGCAUGUGCCCUACAGGGACCACAGACUCACCAUGUUACUGAGGGAGUCCCUGGCUACCACCAACUGCCGCACUACUAUGAUCGCGCACAUCUCAGACUCUCCAGCCCACCACGCAGAGACACUCAGCACCGUGCAGCUGGCUGCCCGCAUCCACCGCCUGCGUAGGAAGAAGGGCAAGCACGCAUCCAGUUCCUCAGGAGGAGAGAGCUCCUGUGAGGAGGGCCGGGCCCGCCGUCCCCCACACCUUCGGCCCUUCCACCCACGGGCCAUGGUGUUGGACCCCGACCGCUCGGCUCCUGGCCUGUCCGGAGACCCCGAUUACUCAUCCAGCAGUGAGCAGUCCUGCGACACGGUCAUCUAUGUGGGUCCUGGUGGGAUGGCGCUGUCAGACCGUGAGCUCACGGACAACGAGGGCCCACCUGACUUCGUGCCCAUUAUCCCUGCACUGAGCCGACGCAGGCCCUCCGAGGGGCCCCGGGACGCUGAUCACUUCCGCUGCAGUACGUUCGCCGAGCUGCAGGAGCGUCUGGAGUGCAUAGAUGGCAGCGAGGCGUUCCCUGGCCCCCAGGGCCCCCAGGGUGGCUCUGACGGAGCCCAAGCCAGCCCUGCCCGGGGAGGCAGGAAACCCUCGUUACCUGAGGCCACACCCUCCAGGAAGGCUGUGGCCCCCACAGUGGUCACCAGUUGCCCUCGAGGCAGCCCUGGGCACGAUACUCACCGGAGCGCCUCAGACCCCUCUAAGACUGGCACACAGAGUGAGCAGAGAGUAGAUGGUGCCCGGCCUGAGCCACCUGCUUCAGACAAGACCUCAGGAGGCGGGGGCAGGAGGCCACUGCCCAGUCCAGCCCCUCCACCGCCUCGCCAGCCGGAAGCUCAAAGCGUCCCCAAAGAACCUGGGGGAGAGGGUACUGACAGCGUGCUGCGGACACCCCCAGUGGGCAUGAGUGGACAGGCGGCCUUGCCCCCGCUGCUCUCAGACUCGGCUUAUCUCUCCCCGUCGGCUCGUGGACGCCAUCUGGAGAGAGGCCUGCUGACCACCACAGUGACCCUGCAGCAGCCUGUGGAACUCAAUGGCGAGGAUGAGUUGGUGUUCACGGUGGUAGAGGAGCUACCUCUGGGCGGACUUGCAGGGGCCACACGGCCCUCCAGUCUGGCCAGCAUGAGCAGCGACUGCUCCCUGCAGGCUUUGGCCUCAGGGUCCAGGCCAGUCAGUAUCAUCAGUAGCAUCAAUGAUGAGUUUGAUGCAUAUACCUCGCAGAUGUCUGAGGGUCCCGGAGACCCCGGGGAGUUCCCAGAGGGAACAGCGUGGGCUGGCGGCAGUCCAGCCUCCUCCAUUGGCUCCUGGCUGAGUGACGUUGGUGUCUGCUUGUCUGAAAGCCGUGGUCCCACACCACAGCCUCCCUUCAGCCCCAACUCUGCAGCAGGGCCGGGUCCACCAGAGUUUCCUACCCCAGGCAGCUCCCUAGAGGAAAGCAAGGUCAGGUCCUCAGAGUGUGGAAGACCAGACAAUCCCGGCUCAGCCCGGAGUCUCCACCCUGGAGAAGCGGUUGCAACAACUCAGACCCAACCUGGCAGAGAGCCUUGGGCCAGGUCCCCACAUGAGGUAGCCUCAGCCCAGACUAUCCACUCCAGCCUGCCUCGGAAACCCAGGACUACCUCCACAGCCAGCCGAGCUCGUCCUAGCCGGGGUCCAUACAGCCCUGGUGGCCUGUGUGAGGACCCUUGGCUGCUCCGGGCAGAGGACUGUGACACGCGCCAGAUAGCCUCUACGGGCAGAGCCCCAAGCCCAACCCCAGGCUCCCCUCGAUUGCCUGAGACUCAGAUGAUGCCGGCUUGUGCCCAGAGAGUGGUGGAUGGGUGUGAGGUGGCAUCCAGAAUGUCGCGGAGACCAGAGGCUGUGGCUCGGAUCCCACCUUUGCGGAGGGGGGCCACCACACUAGGAGUGACCACACCUGCUGCAUCCUGUGGGGACGCUCCAGCAGAGGCAGUGGUCCAUUCAGGAAGCCUGAAGACCACCUCGGGCAGUAAGAAGAGCGUCUCGCCCAAGGGCGCCUUCUUUCCAAGGCCUAGUGGGGCAGGCCCCCCAGCCCCGCCUGUGCGCAAGUCUAGCCUGGAGCAGAGCACGGCCCUCACCCCCACCCAGGCCCUGGGACUGACCAGGGCAGGGGCUCCUUCUGCCUUCCGAGGGGAGGAGGAAGCCAGGCCCAGUGGUCGGUCUGAUUCCUCUGUUCCCAAGGCCACAUCCAGCCUGAAAGCCCGAGCUGGCAAGAUGGACGCACCACACCGUCCCUCUGGCCACAUGUCCCUGGAACGGUGUGAGGGCCUGGCACAUGGCAGCAGUAAGGUCAGAGAUGUCGUAGGACGGCCACCAAGGGCUGUGCCCAGGUUGGGUGUACCAUCCGCCAGCCCUCCACUUGGACCAGCUCCUGCCUGUAGGAACAGCCCAGCCAAGGGUGUUGGAGCAACCAAGCCUCCUGCUGGUGGAGCUAAGGGUCGUAAUCUGGGGCCAAGCACAUCUCGGGCUCUGGGUGCUCCGGUGAAACCACUAGGGCCUGUGGCAGGCAAGACAGCUGGUAGCGCUGUGCCAGGACCCCGAGCUGCUCCACGGGCUGUGCCGGGUAUUGGGGCCAAGGCUGGUCGGGGCACCAUCAUGGGCACUAAGCAGGCAUUCCGGGCUGCCCAUAGCCGUGUCCACGAAUUGGCAGCCAGUGGAUCUCCUGGUAGAGGCGGCCUCUCCUGGGGCUCGACGGACUCGGACAGCGGCAACGACAGCGGUGUGAACCUGGCUGAAGAGCGGCAGCCCGCGAGCCCUGCCCUGCCCUCCCCUUACAGCAAAGUGACCGCUCCGAGGAGACCCCAGCGCUACAGCAGUGGCCAUGGCAGUGACAACAGCAGCGUGCUGAGCGGUGAGCUGCCCCCUGCCAUGGGCCGCACUGCUCUCUUCUACCACAGUGGCGGCAGCAGUGGCUAUGAGAGCAUGAUUCGGGACAGCGAGGCCACUGGCAGUGCCUCCUCGGCUCCAGACUCCAUGAGCGAGAGUGGAACAGCCUCUCUGGGUGCCCGCUCCCGCAGCCUCAAGUCCCCGAAGAAGAGAGCCACAGGUCUACAGCGGAGGAGGCUGAUCCCGGCCCCACUUCCUGACGCUGCUGCUUUAGGCCGCAAGCCCAGCCUCCCCGGGCAAUGGGUAGACUUGCCCCCGCCCCUGGCCGGCUCUCUGAAGGAGCCUUUCGAGAUCAAGGUGUACGAAAUAGAUGACGUGGAGCGUCUGCAGCGGCACCGGCUGCCUCUGAGGGAGAAUGAAGCCAAGCCCUCCCAGGACGCAGAGAAGGGCCCAGUGUGCAUCAGCUCCAAGCUGCGUCUCGCAGAGCGCAGGCAGCAGCGACUGCAGGAAGUGCAGGCCAAACGUGACCACCUCUGCGAGGAGCUGGCUGAGACCCAGGGCCGGCUGAUGGUGGAACCUGGGCGCUGGCUGGAGCAGUUUGAGGUGGACCCAGAGCUGGAGCCAGAGUCAGCUGAAUAUCUGGUGGCCCUGGAGCAAGCCACAGCUGCCCUGGAGCAGUGCGUUAACCUGUGCAAGGCCCAUGUCAUGAUGGUCACCUGCUUUGACAUUGGAGUUGCUGCCACCACUGCUGUACCUGGGCCACAAGAGGUGGAUGUUUGAGGCUGAACACAGGGCGUAGGCAGGACAUGCAAGGCAGGGGGUGUGAGCAUAAUGUGGGAUGGAGUGAGGAUGUGGAGGGGGUUGGCGGGUUGAAGACGCAGGGUCUGUGCAGGACCAGGGGGAUCUCAGAGAGGAGACAGAGGGUGGGAAGGGGAGGGCCAGCCAGUGGACAGAUUGCGCACGGAGAUGGAAAGACUGUCGCCACCCAGACAGCCACGCAAGUGCCUUUAACUUUGAGUAGGCCUUUUCUCCUUUUCUAAUUUGGUGCUACGGACUCAAGACAGAACUCAGACACCAGCAGACAGAGUCUCAGCCUAGGCGGCUGCGGCCACUCUGGCCAGACGAAAGCCAGUUUGUUUCUGAUUUUGCCUUCCUUACAACCAAGCAGUUUUGUGUAGCAGGGCAGGCCUGUUCCGGCCAGCCUUCUUUUAGGAUUGGGUUAGUUUUCCUUUCCAGAAGUUUUCUCUCAAUAGUCCACUUGAGUGGCCACCACCACACUAACAGUGGUGUCCUCGGAGUGUGGACAGCUAGCUGUCAGUUCCCUCCUCUCCUUGAGGGCCCCACUCUGUUCUGAGGACACCAGAGGCCACAAACUAGGGCUGGGCCAUGAGCACACAAUGCUUUCUUCCACGGCAGGAAUUCUUACCAAAACCACAAGCAAAAAAAAAAAAAAAAACAAAAAAACAAAACAAUGAAGCGAAUCACCUCCAACAAAGACGGGGGUGUGGGUUUUUUUAAAAGUUCCGUUAGCUUCAUAUUUUUGUAUCAUUUUGCCUAUAAACAUAGAGUUUGCAGUGGGAAUUUGAAGACAAAUGAUCUAUGUUUUUAUGGUUUUGUACAGGUAUUCCCAGGUUGGGGGCUCUUGGCAGCUGUGAGGGGGCAGGCUUUUCCUGGGGGACACUGGGGGCAUUGUGGGGGGGUCUAUGGGAGGCUGUUCUUUUCAGAUGCAGACGAGGGGCGAGCCUGCCAGCCUGUGAUGUGGCCUGCACGCAGGUUCGUGCUUUCUGACCGUUAUGUAUUUUCUAAGCAUCCAGACCUUUGUACAAAUGUGUAGAUAACAAUCUCACGGCUGUUUUUAUUUGUGAAUAAAAGAUGAGUUGAUUGUUUA